AUGAGCGUCGCAUAUAGAAAGAACAACAUGGAAAAUGACACAAAGUCUGAAAUGGCUGAUCUUGGCCCAGCAGUUACAAUCGUCGAAACCUGUGUUUGUCUGCUCUUGAACAUCAUAUCGCUAAACGGGAACUUUUUGGUGUGUUUAGCCGUUUAUAAAAACUCGCGCUUGCGAACCACGACCAACAUUUACAUUAUCGGACUGGCGUUAACCGACUUACUUUCAGCUACGUUUGUGAUGCCAUUCACUUCUGGUGUCCUUAUAACCCGAAAAUGGCCGUAUGGAAAUCUCUACUGCAGCAUACAAGCGUUUCUGGUCAACUUUGGACUAUUCACCUCUACUUCGAUCAUGGGACUCACAGCCUUCAACAGAUACGUAAGAAUUGUUCAUACAAACAGAUACAAUACUAUAUUUUCGAGAUUUAAAUCUCGUAUUACACUAGCGUCGUUGUGCGUGAUCAUAGCCUCGUACAUCGCAAUACCAGGCUUGACUGGAUUGCAAAAUUUUGAAUUUGUUCCUGAGUAUGCCACCUGCCAUAUAACACAUGCAAGUGAAGAAGUUAUGAUAGUUCAUUACUGCGUUGUCGUAUUUUUCUUUCUGGUUUUUCCUUUCAGUUUGGCAACAUUCUGUUACGUCAAAGUGUUUAGGACUAUUACGCAGCAUAAUCUCGAAGUGGCCCCAAAUUUACAAUCGAGAAUUCGCGACGCUCAGAUCACUACCCAAGAGAUAAAAAUUUCAAAAUCUCUUUUCGUGGUAGUGUUAGGAUUCGGAAUGUGUUGGAUACCCGCAUGGAUUCUAGCUUUGAUAAUGCGCUUUAGCGCUUUUCCAUCUUUGCCUAGAGAAUUUUUUCUCAUUCACACCGCCUUAGUUUUCCUAAGCAGCUCUACUAAUGUAUUCAUUUAUGCAGGAAUGAACAACUCGUUCAAAGCAGAAUUUCGACGUUUGCUAUCUUGU